GUCAAUACACGUCAACCAGAGAACAUGAUGCCUCUUUGCAAGUCAACUCGUGUGCUCUGUAGCUGAUAGAGGUGCCUCAAGCUGAAAUAUUAUAGCUCUAUUGUGCCGGAGAACGUGGUCUGACAGCCCUCUGGCUCAGCAAAUGGCCUGCCUCGUAUCUCGGCACUGACGGAAAGUGUCGCCACAUUGGCUUCCAAGCUGGCCGGGCGACACAGAAAUCAACUUUGUCUAUUUUUAAUGGACACGCUUCGAGCGGCGGCGGCGGCGGCGGGCAGUUUGUUUUCCUUUCGUCUUUAUCUCUAGCAGCUCGAGCGAGCCCGUGCGAGUCCCCUCGUGUGUCUGUCUGGCUACCUCCUACUCUUUCACAAGCGGUCCUAUUUAGAACAGCAUGGUCAUGGCUGACAGCGUCCAGAAACCGAUGAUCCGGGGUCCGGUCCGAGUGGGCUUCUACGACAUCGAGCGCACUUUAGGAAAGGGCAAUUUCGCUGUCGUGAAGCUGGCCAGACACCGUAUAACCAAGACCGAGGUUGCCAUCAAGAUCAUUGACAAGACUCAGCUGGAUGCUGUCAACCUGGAGAAGAUCUACAGAGAAGUUCAGAUCAUGAAGAUGUUGGACCACCCCCACAUUAUCAAGCUCUACCAGGUGAUGGAGACAAAGAACAUGCUUUACUUAGUCACGGAGUAUGCCAAGAAUGGCGAGAUCUUCGACUAUCUGGCAAAGCACGGCCGUCUCAGUGAGCUGGAGGCCAGGAGGAAGUUCUGGCAAAUUCUGUCUGCAGUUGAGUACUGUCACAACCGAAACAUCGUGCACAGAGACCUCAAGGCAGAGAAUUUGCUGCUGGAUGGGCAUAUGAACAUCAAGAUUGCAGAUUUUGGAUUUGGGAACUUCUUCCAGCCCGGGGAGCCUCUGGCCACGUGGUGUGGCAGCCCGCCUUAUGCUGCUCCAGAGGUCUUUGAAGGACAACAGUAUGAGGGCCCGCAGCUGGACAUCUGGAGCAUGGGGGUGGUCCUUUAUGUUCUGGUGUGUGGUGCAUUGCCCUUUGAUGGCCCCACUCUGCCUGUGCUCCGACAGAGAGUCCUAGAAGGAAGGUUUCGGAUUCCCUACUUCAUGACUGAAGACUGCGAACACUUGAUCCGCAGGAUGUUGGUCUUGGAUCCAUCCAAGCGUCUGUCUGUGGCCCAGAUUAAGGAACACAAAUGGAUGGCUCUGGAUGUACCGGUGCAGAGACCCGUCCUUUACCAGCAGCCACUGUCAGCGGACAGCGAGGCAGGUGUGGGAGAAUACAGUGAGCAGGUCCUGCGCCUGAUGCACAGCCUUGGCAUCGACCAGCACAAGACGAUAGAGUCUCUGCAGAACAAAAGCUACAACCACUUUGCUGCUAUCUACUAUCUGCUGGUGGAGCGGCUCAAGGCACAUCGCUGCAGCUUCCCCGUCGAGCAGAGGCUCGACGCCCGCCAGCGGCGGCCCAGCACCAUCGCUGAGCAGACAGUCAUCAAGUCGACCAGCGGUUCAGCCCAGGUGGGCUUGCAUCCUCAGGGCGUCCGUCUGCUGCGCUCCCCCGCUGUUCCCCAAGCAUCCUCUGAUGUGUUCACCUUCUCUCAGACUGCAUGUCCCCUGGAGCAGAAUUUCAUGGUGGAGGAUGUCAACACGCCCAAAGUGAAUGGCUGCCUGCUAGACCCCCUCCCUCCCUCGACUGUCCUCCGCAAGUCCUCCACCUCGUCGCCUAGCAACAUGAUGGAGACAUCGAUUGAUGAGGGCAUCGAGACCGAGGAGCCUGACACAGAGGAUGAUCCACCCCAUCUACUCUCAGCCUAUCAGACAGCUCGAUUCGGCCAAAGGCGACACACCCUGUCAGAGGUCACCAACCAGCCAGGGCCUUCAAAUCAAGGCAAAUUAUUCGCACUUGGCCACAACCCCUCCAUGGGGAGCGUGGACUCGGAUAUUGGCUACGAUAUGGGCUCAAUGCACAGUGACCUCAGUCUGCUGGAGGAUCCCCCCUCCUUAAGUGAAGUGGUACAAGCCAACACCUCAGCCCCUGGCGUCAGCCCUGCGUCUUUCUUAAGUGCUCGGCCCGCCAACCCAGCUAUGGCUGCCCUGACUUCCCAGCACAGAGAGACACACAACCGCUCCCCCAUCAGCUUCAGAGAAGGACGCCGUGCCUCUGACACCUCCCUCACCCAAGGUCUGGUGGCAUUUCGGCAGCACCUCCAAAACUUGGCAAGGACCAAAGGCAUCCUGGAACUCAACAAAGUCCAGAUGCUUGUGGAGCAGAUGGGCUCUGGAGAAGGGGCCGCCAUGGACCCCCUGGGACCACAGCACCAUUUGCACAACCUCCUGGAGGGUGAGGCAUGCAGGCAGCAGGAGGGUCUAGCUUUAUACCAAGGUGCGCCGCAGCCACCUCUCCUGUCCCGCAGACAGAGUUUGGAAACACAAUACCUCUCUCACAGACUACAGAAGGCCAGCGUCCUGGCCAACAGUCCUGCUAGCUGCCAACUUUUCUGUAAGGAGACCCCUCGAAGUUUAGAGCAACAGCUGCAGGAACACAGACUGAACCAGAAGAGGAUGUACCUGCAGCAGUCCCAGGGCAUGGGACUGCCGGUCUACUUCAACCAGAUGCAGAUAGCUGAGGGCUCCUACCCCGCCGGCGGCCCUGCUCUGGACCCGGCAGCGGCUCAAAGUUCCCCCCAGGGCCCCGCCAUGUCAGCCCCCCACCAGCCCCAGCAGCCGGGCAGCCCCCAGGCCUCGCCCCCCUUCAGCCACACCCACAGCCUGAGCCCGCUGAUGGAGCCCGGCGAGGGCCUGGUUUAUGACCCGUACAUGAGCCAUCACCACUACGCCCAGCACAUGCCCCCCGGAGCUCACCUCCACCACCAGCUCCACCAUCAGCAGCCUCUCGAGGCCUCGUCCGGCGGCCUGGGCUUCAGCUACCCGCCGGGCUGUGAGCAGCAGGCCGGGGGGGCCGCCGCCGAGGCGCUGCUGCCGGAGCACUACGAGUUCCCCAUGGACUCCUCCCUGCUGCCUCCGCCCUCCCUAGGAGAGGGCGACGGGGGGGCUGCGGCCGGAGCCCUGGCUGGCCCCGGGCCCCCCGACGGCCUGGGGAUGCCUGACCUGCAGGGCUCCCUCCUGGACAGCGAGAUGAUGGAGACCGUGGACUCGCAGCACGGUUUCGUUCUGGUCAACUAA